AUGGCUCCUAACAGCAAAGAAGCCGCCGCCGAGUGCGUCUCAGAAGAGGCCCUGGUACAUCUUAAGUCGUAUAAAUACUCUGCUGUCGACAAGUCGCCUGUCUCGUAUUACAUCCUUCGACCAUACUGGAACUGGGCCGCAGGUCUACUACCAGUAUGGAUGGCACCGAACACGGUCACGCUCGUCGGCUUCUUCUUUAUCCUGGCCAAUGUUGGACUACUUGUACUAUUCGUGCCAGAUCUAAUAGGCCCAGGGCCCUCAUGGCUGUACUUCAGCUUCGCACUCGGUCUCUUCAUGUACCAGACCAUGGACAACAUAGAUGGCAAACAAGCGCGGCGGACGGGCACGUCGAGCGGUCUCGGCGAGCUUUUUGACCACGGCAUCGAUUCUCUCAACUGUACCCUUGCGUCGCUUCUCGAGACGGCUGCCAUGGGCCUCGGCACGUCCAAGACAGGCGUCUUCACCGCGCUGUGCCCCUGCAUCCCCAUGUUCUUUUCCACCUGGGAGACAUACCACAGCCACACGCUUUACCUGGGUUUCAUCAACGGUCCGACAGAGGGCCUCCUCAUCGCCGCUUCUAUCAUGGCUCUGUCUGGAGUCUACGGCCCGCAGAUUUGGACGACUCCCGUCGUCAAGGUCCUGGGAGAGGACUACACCUUCGGCUACGCAGACCGGCUAGGCGAUCUUGCCGUGCGCGACAUAUGGGCACUUACAAUAGUAGGGGGUUUGUUCGUCCAUGUGCCGGGAUGCAUCAAGCACGUGGUCGAGGCGCGCCGAAGACAGAAGCUGCCGAUCGCGCCCGUUUUCCUCGAGUGGACCCCGAUGGCCGUCUACACAUUCUCCAUCGGAUUCUGGCUGUACAGCCCCUUUUCCACGCUGCGCCGUGAGAACCACCUUGUGCUGUUCUGCCUGACCAUGAGCUUCGUCUUCGGCCGCAUGACGACCAAGAUGAUCCUCGCGCACCUGACGCGCCAGCCCUUCCCAUACUGGACCGUAAUGCUGUUCCCGCUGGUAGGCGGCGCUAUCUUGGGCAACCUGCCACGGUUUGGACUGCCCGCAGUUACCGCCGAGGUGGAGACAGCAUAUCUGUACGGUUAUUUCGUCUUCGCGAUGAUUGCAUAUUUCCGUUGGGCUUUCUUAGUGACUGGUUCCAUCUGCGACUACUUGGGCAUCAGGGCGUUGACGGUGCCGCCUGAGAAGAUUGAAGAGACCAGGAGGAGAGAGCAAGCGGAGAAGAGAGGCGAAGCAACGAAUGGCACCGCCGUGAACGGGAAGAAGGCGCAAUAG